CCUAUUUUCUUUCAACAUUAACCAAUGAUUUACAUAUAAAAUAUCAUUGACAUUAACAAAACUAAUCAAUGGCGUUGACAAUUUGAGAAAAUAUAUCAAAACCAAAUUGAAGUGGUGAAGUUUAGAUUUAAAAAAAAAAUGGAUCACAAGAUUACUAGUAAAUUACAUGUUGCAUACAAAUGUAUGUUCUAAAUUCUUCUUUCCUGUAUUAUUUUUGUUGUAUUUUCUAAUCUCAUAAUUUCUUCAGGUGACGCAAACCAAAGAUCUAAAAUGGUACCAGCUGUUGGAAUAGAUCUGGGAACAACAUAUUCCUGCGUGGGAAUCUUCCAGCACAGCAAAGUGGAAAUCAUAGCUAACGACCAAGGUAACAGAACAACACCAUCUUACGUCGCUUUUACUGAGACAGAGAGAUUAAUUGGAGAUCCUGCGAAGAACCAGGUGGCGAUGAACCCAAAGAACACAGUUUUUGAUGCUAAACGCCUCAUCGGACGUAAAUUCGGUGAUCCAAAAGUACAACAAGACAUAAAGCAUUGGCCUUUUCAAGUUAUUUCGGAAGGUGGUGAACCAAAAAUUGUCGUCGAAUAUAAAGGGGAUACAAGGAAAUUCGCUCCUGAAGAGAUAUCUUCAAUGGUUUUAACGAAAAUGAAAGAAAUUGCUGAAAAGUUUCUGGGUGGCGUCGUAAAUGAUGCAGUCAUCACUGUACCGGCUUAUUUUAAUGAUUCUCAGCGUCAAGCUACAAAAGAUGCCGGUGUUAUCGCUGGCUUAAACGUUCUUAGAAUCAUCAACGAGCCAACAGCAGCAGCUCUAGCCUAUGGACUGGACAAAAAUUUAAAAGGUGAAAGAAAUGUUUUGAUAUUUGACCUUGGCGGAGGGACUUUUGAUGUUUCAGUACUUCAAAUAUCUGAAGGAUCUCUAUUUGAAGUAAAAUCAACAGCUGGAGACACACAUUUGGGUGGUGAAGACUUUGAUAGCCGAAUGGUAGAUCAUUUUUGUCAAGAGUUUGAAAAGAAAUACAAAAGAAAAAUUAAAGAAAAUCCUAAAGCUUUAAGAAGACUUCGUACCGCUUGCGAAAGAUGUAAAAGAACAUUAUCUUCAAGUACUGAAGCCAGUAUAGAAAUAGAUGCAUUACACGAUGGUAUAGAUUUCUAUUCUAAACUGUCAAGGGCUCGCUUUGAAGAUUUAUGUUCGGACUUGUUCAGACAAACUCUUGAACCAGUCGAACAAGCCCUAAAAGAUGCAGGAUUCAAUACAAGAGAAAUACACGAUGUUGUCAUGGUGGGAGGCUCUACUAGAAUACCAAAAAUCCAACGAUUAUUGCAGGAUUUCUUUGGUGGUAAAACGCUAAAUAUGUCCAUCAAUCCAGACGAAGCUGUAGCGUACGGAGCCGCAGUGCAAGCAGCCAUUCUCACUGGUAGCAAAGACACACGUAUUCAGGAUGUGCUCCUUGUUGAUGUGAUCCCAUUGUCUCUCGGUAUUGAGACUGCUGGGGGUGUCAUGACACGCUUGGUAGACAGGAACUCAACGAUACCUACCACACAGAAGAAAAUUUUCACCACAUACGCUGAUAACCAACCUGCUGUGACUAUUCGGAUUUACGAAGGGGAACGUGUUCUGACCAAAGAUAACAACCUUUUGGGUACAUUUAAUUUGUCUGGAAUACCACCAGCUCCAAGAGGAGUACCACAAAUAGAGGUAACUUUCGAUGUAGAUGCCAAUGGCAUCCUCAAUGUUAGCGCUGAAGAUAGAAGCACUGGUCGUUCGGAGAACAUUACAAUUUCAAAUGACAAGGGCCGUCUUAGUAAACAGGACAUUGAAAAUAUGCUUAGAGACGCGGAGAAGUUUAAAGCCGAGGAUGAAGCUAUAAAAAAGGGAGUUGAAUCGAGAAACCGACUAGAGGGAUACCUUUUUGGAUGUAAAGCAGCAGUCGAAAACGCCGGUGAGAGACUGACAGAAACCGAAAAGAACGCAGUUAUAACAGAAUGCAGUGCCCAGCUGCGAUGGCUGGAAGCCAAUCCUGACGCGCCAGAAGCACAAACCGAGCAACGCCUCAAGGACGCCCAGAGAGUCUGCCAACCGGUGAUGAUGAAACUCCAUGGAGCUGGAGGAGCCGGCGCUAGACCUGCUACUUCUGAUGGACCGAGGGUUGAAGAAGUUAAUUAACCGUUGCUAUACUCAAAAUCGAUAUUUGAGACUGCCAAGAAACUUACUCACUAAUAUAAUCACGCAGUGAAGUUCACGUUAGGCACAUUCAAAAACUUGAACACAAUCUAAUUAGGCUUAAUAGUAAGAUGCCCUACCCAAAUCAUUGGGUUAAACAUCAAUACAGCUAAUAUAGGUAAAUUCAGAAACUAUUCGCCUCCGGAAAGGGGUGUGACUUGUGGAAUAGGAUUAAUGCGAGAAAAUUCGUUUUUCCGAAAUAGGAUCGUCAUCAAACCCCAUGUGCCCCAGUGUUUAUUUUUAAACCCAAUUCACUAAUAACUAAAGCAGUUGCUGCCUCAGUGCUGUUUCUACGCCAAUGCAACCAAUAUAUAAUCACUCAUAUACGUAUUUAUAAUUUUUAGAAUUAUUUUCAACUUGUACUAUUUUCUCCGAAACACGUGUCAUCCUAAUUUGAAAAACGACAUUAACAUACCAUUUUUUAAGCCUGGAAUAAAUAAUCGUUAUUAUUUUCUGUGACGCUCACGCCCCUGUGACUCUCGCUAAAUGAAUGAAAAUAAUAUUUCUUGAAACUACUUGCACGCCAUCUAUCGUACGUUGACGGUACUAUGACAGAAACUUUGGAGUAUCAACAACUGUCCCAAGUUUCUUAACAAUCGAAUGGUUGUCGGAGCCAAACAUUUCAAUAGAUAAACGCCGAAACCUACUUUGAGACAUGAGGUCUGAAUCUCAAUUCUAUUCAAAGACUAAUACCGUUCAAACGGAAACAAUUUGCGGCAGACACAGGAAAUUACACAGCUUUAUCAGUAGUUGAAAAUUUUUGAGCAUUUGACACAGCAAUAUUUGACUAGUCCUAAAAGAAAAUUUGAAGUCGAAUGGUUUUAUAGGGUCAAAAUACGUAUUUCUACUAACUAAACUAAUGCAAAAAGUCGAUAGACUACUGCUACGCUACUACUACACACGACUACUAAUAAACUGAAGGGUAGAAUAAACAAAAACAAGUAUCAUAAAAUCAUUUAAUACAAAAAUAGUAUAACAACCACAAAUGGGAUCAUUGUCAUUUUGGUGUCCUACGUCUUGUUCGUUCAUUUUGUGCAAUCUAUAGCGAACUAUUUAGGGUGCAGGGGAAUCCCUCGUAGGCGAAACGAUCAAAUUUCAUAAAGGCGAUCUUUAAUUCAUGAUACGUUAUUCUCGCCUAUUUCAGCCGUGAAGCAGUAAUGUGUUUCGGUUUGAAGGGUGGGGCAGCCGUUGUAACUAUCUCAAGGUGCGUUGCGCAUUUACGUUGUAGAUGUCUAUGGGCUCCAGUUACCACUUAACACCAGGUGGGCUGUGAGCUCGUCCACUCAUCUAAACAAUAAAAAAAAAUCGUAUAUCCGCUAUUUAAGGCACACAAAACAUUUGAUUGUACCUAACUAAAUAAACGCUAUUUAUUGCGUAAACUAUCUCACGGCCCAUCUGGCGUUCUAUGCGGAGCCUCAUCAGAGCGUGGCUGCUGUCGCCCAACUUGAGACAUGAGGUCCAAGUCUCGGUUGUAUAACGGCAGAAAUUUCGCACCAUUCCGGUGAUGACAACUAGUUGAUGGCACACCACCUACCAGUUCAGCCAUCAGACCAUCGUAUAGCAGCGAGACCGUUGAAUCGUUAUGCCCUGAAUCCCAAACACUGGUAACAUUGUUCUUUUUCUAGAGCGUCUCGAGAGGAAUCCCCACCCCCUCCCCUCCCCCUUUCCCCCCACACAUCCUUUAUUACGAAUUUACGAAUAAUAAGUAUAAUUUCUUACUUUGAUAUAUUUUCUUACAUUUAAAUCUAAUAUUUUGUGGUUUACAAAGCGUUUAUUAUGAGUAAAUGACUUUUGUGUUAUAUAAAUUAAAAAUCUCUAAGACUGCGUUAAGACGCUGUUUGCAAGGAAAUUAUUAUAACGUUUCUCUACUAGACCGUGUGCGACUUACUAGUUACUAUUGCUCCUUAUAAAAUUAAAAAGUAUUUUGUAAUGAAUACUGGAGUGCAUAUGUCGGAUCGAAACUUUAGCUGCCUACAAAAAUUCGCUAGAGGCGCUGUCUGCAUUGUUUCAUUAUCUGUGCGUAUUUUUAUUUAUUAUUUUGAGUUUGCAUUUUAUAUUAACAAAAUGUACUUAUUAAACAAGAAUAAAGCUUACAACAUCAACUUAACGUUAA